UCAUUGGCAGUGGAGAAUUUUUCGGAGUGUAAACUCGAGUGCUUGUGGUCUGUUUAAUUAACGAAAAAUCGAUAAAAUUCCCGAUAUAUCCGCCGGAAUUAUCAAAUAAAUUGUACAACGGAGAGACGCAAGAUCGUCUGUCGUAUGUACCAUUGAAUCGAUCACAUUAACCGACAAUUAAUCAGUUGGUAAAUAGUAAUCAUGUCGGGCGGUGCGUUGUUCAGUAAUAAUGCCGUACGUGGGAGCAGUAAAAAUCUAGUCGAAUUCAAAGCUGGCAAGAUGACUGUCAAGGGGAAGAUGGUCUAUCCGGACACCAGAAAGGGCUUGCUCUACGUUUUUCAAUCCGAUGAUGCACUCAUGCACUUCUGCUGGAAGGAUCGGACAUCUGGAGCAGUCGAAGAUGAUUUGAUUAUCUUCCCGGACGACUGUGAGUUCAAACAUGUGGCGCAGUGCAAGACUGGACGAGUUUAUCUACUGAAAUUCAAAUUGUCCAGCAAGAAGUUCUUCUUUUGGCUGCAGGACCUCAAGACUGAGAAGGAUGAGGAGCACUGCAGGAAGAUCAACGAGGUCCUCAACAAUCCCCCGACCCCAGGCUCCCAGAGAAGUGGAUGUGCCAGUGGUCCCGAUGGUGAUCUCCAGAAUCUCCUCAACAACAUGUCCCAGCAGCAGUUGAUACAGUUGUUCGGUGGAGUGGGCCAAAUGGGCCUGGGGAAUCUUCUUGGAACAAUGAGAGAGCGCCCAAGCAAUACGAGGACCAGCACAACCACUGCCUCCACACCGGUUACCACCAGCGCAACAAGACCACCAGCUGCCCAGACCCCAGCACCUGCCAGUGUCACGGAAACUCCAAGGUCAUCCUCGGGUAGUACUCCCAAAAAUAAUUCCGGGUCAAAGCCACCUAGCUCUAUGACACUUCUUGAGAGAACACCAACUCUCAUGAGUGAUCCCCAUCUUUUCGAUCUUCAGAGACAUCUCUGGAAUAUUUCUACGCCACCGGGAGCUGAACCAGUUGUUCAGAGGGGUGUAGCGAGUGAGCUGACGAAUAGCAUCCCAGCAGCGAUUACGGCAACGGAAAGCCUGGAACGGACAAUGAGCAAGCACUUGCCACCCGGUGACAGUCUGUGUACCACGCUAUCGUCCCCACAGUUCUCCCAGGCGUUAUCAAUGUUCUGGUCUGCUUUGCAGUCGGGCCAGGCAAGCCCAGUUGUACGACAGUUUGGACUUGGGGCUGAUGCUGUCAACGCAGCUGCCACUGGUAAUCUUGAGGAGUUUGUCAGUGCACUCGAGGGUGAGGGCAAGUCCGGGACGGCUGGACAAGCUGGUGAGACGGAGGAGAAGAAGGGGGAGGCUAAGGGGGAUGGAGGUGCAUCCAGCGAGAAGAAGGACGAUGGAGACGAUCCCAUGACAUUCGAUUGAAAUGGCUUUUGGUUUAUUGGAUUUUUUUUGGGAGGAGAGAUUGGUUUUGGAGGGGAUUUCGUUAUUAUUCGAUAAUGGUUUUUGAUCGUAUGGAUUAAUAAAUGAGAUUUGAAAAUUU